AGUUUCGCUGCAAUUUCUUUGAUGGUUGACAGACUAUUCCGCUUCAAAAUGUUUGUUUAUCGCACUUGUAAUUCUAACAAUCAAUUGAACAUGUUUCUCUCUCAGUUAUUCAUUCUCUUAUUGUGUAUUCAAACAAUCAUCAUAUCUACUGCAACUAACAUUCAUGAAAACGUUGCCAUAUCAUGUGGUGCCUCUGGCAAUUACCCUGCACCAGAUGGACGAUUAUGGAUUGGAGAUUCAACUUUCACUUCCUCAUUUCUACACUUAACUGGAAAAUCUAUUAAUUCAAGAGCACCUCACCAAGCUGCCUUGUCCGAUCCAGUUCCUUAUAACUCUGCUCGAUCGUCUCGCCAUCAGUUUACCUACAAAUUUUCAGUGAAACCGGGACACAAGCUCAUACGCCUGCACUUCAAACCAGCUUUAUACAAUGGUUUCUACAAGUCCAAAGCCAUUUUUACUGUCAAAACUGAUCAGCAUACCCUGCUCAGUGACUUCAUACCUACCCUUGCUGCAGGUAUGAACUAUUUCAAAAAGGAAUUUUGCAUCAAUGUACAAGAAAGUGAAACAUUAAGCAUAACAUUCAUACCAUCUCGAAAAUCAAGCUUUUCAGAAGACACUUAUGCUUUUGUUAAUGCAAUCGAGAUUGUUUCCAUGCCCACUGGUCUGUAUUUCACACCUGAUGGCGAUCAGGGAGUCCCUGUUGUUCGACGAAAUUACAGAUUCUACAUUGACAACAGCACAGCACUGGAGACAAUUCAGCGAAUAAAUGUUGGCGGAAACUCUAUUUCAUCCUUGGAAGAUGCAACCAUGUUCCGGGAAUGGGAAGAUGACACUAAUUACCUGAUUCAAGUAGGAGCCUUUUCGAUCAACAGAGCCAUUGAUAUCAGAUAUGCAUCCUCAGCAACUCACGUUGCACCAAAAGAAGUUUACCUGGCGGCCAGGUCAGUGGGUGCGCACUGCCAUUUGAAUUUCUGUAAUCUCACAUGGAACAUUCCACUUGAUUUGGGAUUCAGAUACCUUGUUAGGCUUCACUUUUGUGAAAUUGAACCUAUGAUCACAUAUGAGGGCCAAAGGAAUUUCACUAUUGUUAUAAACAAUCAGAAUGCUGAAGAUGAUGCUAAUGUGAUCAAAUGGAGUGGGGGGAAUGGAAUUUCUGUAUACAGGGACUAUGUUGCCAUUAUGGAGGGUGAUAGAAGGGAAGGGAAGCGUAACCUUACUAUAGUUUUGCAGCCAAAGUUUCCUUCAAUCAGUAAACAUGCUAAUGCCAUCUUAAAUGGGAUAGAAGUCUUCAAGAUAAGCAAUCCUGACAACAAUCUUGGUAGUGUGAGCCCUGUGCAUCCUGCUACUAGUUCAACACCAGAAAAAUCAGAGGAAUCUGUGCUGUUCUAUACAAAGAAUCAAAUUGCAACUGUACUGACAUUUAUGGUCACUUUGGUCAAUGUUGCUGUUUAUUACAUUAGGUGUAUUUCAGAGAUGAACUCUGGAAAGACGAACAAUAGAAUAUCUUCAGGAGAGCAUCAGUGUCGUCAAUUCUCAUUGGAUGAGAUGGAAAGAUCAACGAACAAUUUUGAUCCUCAGCUUGUCAUUGGUAGCGGUGGAUAUGGCCCAGUAUAUAAAGGAGAUAUUGAUGGUGGAAAAACCACUGUAGCAGUUAAGCGAUUGAAACGAGGAUCUAGCCAGGGGGAGAAAGAGUUUUGGAUGGAAAUCAAUAUGUUAUCUACGCACCGCCAUGAGAACCUUCUCUCCCUAAUUGGUUACUGCACUGAAGGUCAUGAGAUGUUAUUAGUUUAUGAUUAUAUGCCUCGGGGAUCACUUGCUGACAACCUCUACAAAAUGGACAGAAAUAGCUCAUCUCUCUCUUGGGAACGGAGACUCAAGAUUGCUAUAGGUGCUGCACGUGGACUGGAUUUCCUUCAUACAUCUCAAAAUAGGGUGAUACAUCGUGAUAUCAAAAGCUCAAACAUUCUGCUGGAUGAAAACUGGGAAAGUAAGAUUUCAGAUUUUGGGUUGUCCAAAAUGGGGCCUGGAAAUGAAUCAGCUACUCAUGUUAGUACACAAGUCAAAGGCACAAUUGGGUACCUCGAUCCUGAGUACUUCCAGACUAAUAGAUUGACAUGGAAAGCUGAUGUGUAUGCUUUUGGAGUAGUACUAUUUGAAUUGCUCUCAGGAAGACCUGCAGUCGAUAUGGGCCUGCCUGAGGAGCAGCAUGGACUUGUAGCAUGGGCCAAGCAAUGCAUCAGGGAAGGAGAAGUUAAUAAGCUUAUUGACCUGAAUCUGGCAGGGCCUAUCUCAGCAACUUGUUUGAAGGUGUUCGUAGGAAUUGCAGAAAAAUGCUUGGAUGAUAAUCCAUGUGAACGGCCUCCAAUGUCUAAAGUGGUGAAAAGUCUGGAAUUAGCAUUAGUAUUUCAGCAGAGUGCAGGUGAAGGCAUCAUUUCAUUUGAUGACACAUCAACAUCUCUGUCAAAGGCUGAAGCAGAAAGGGCAUCCAUCAAAGAGGGUUGUAAUGGCAUUGAUAUAGCAAAAAGGAGUGUCAUUUCACGGAGAUGGUGGGAUUUUUUUGGUCUUUUUCCAAAAACACCACCAAAGCCAAUAGCUUUACCAACACCGCCACAAGUACUUUACCACUUCCCCCUCAAUGAGAUGCUAAAGGCUACAAAAGAUUUCAAUGAGAGCCUGAAAAUAGGUUUUCUAGGAUCGGACAAUGCAUACGUUGGCUUCAUAAAUGGUCGACGUGUUGCCAUCAGACGUUCACACACUGCAGAGUCAAGACUUCACAUGGUUAGUGAGUUGCAAGCUAAAAGAGAAAUGAGUCCCUUGCCUAGCCACAUCAACAUGGUGUCACUGAUUGGGUUUUGCAGAAAUGUUACAGAGAUGAUCCUUGUGUAUGAUUAUGCAGCUAGAGGGACCCUACAUGAUUAUCUCCGUGACCCUGAUAGGAAUCCUCUCUCAUGGAAGAAGAGGCUUGAGAUCUGCAUUGGUGCUGCAGAGGGUUUGAACUAUCUUCGGUCCAUACUGAAGAUAACAGUUCUCCAUUGCAUUUUCAACUCCUCCUAUAUUUUUUUGGAUGAGAAUUUGGUAGCCAAAGUUUCAGAAGUUAGCUGGUCAAAAACAAAAGGGAUCAAUACAGCGGGGGUAAUUCAUGAAGGGGGAUAUUUGGAUUCAGACUACUUACGAGAUAAAAGUGUGACAGAAAAAUCAUACGCAUACUCAUUUGGCUUGGUGUUAUUUGAGAUGCUAUGUGCCAAUGAAGCAUUGAAACAUUGGCUGAAUCAGGGACAGGUCAGUCUAGCCAAAUGGAUUAAAACAUGUUUUAUGACUGUGACGUCCCAUUCGAUUCACCCAUGCUUGGUUGGAAGAAUAUCACCUGACUGCUUUGAGCUGUUUGUAGAUACUGCAAUUAACUGCCUGCACGAUGAGGGCAACAAACGUCCAUCAAUGAAUGAUAUAAUCACAAGUCUCAAGGAAGCACUCAAGCUGCAAGAGGCAGCUAAUAUUACAUAGGAACUGUUGUUUUAGUACUAAUAAUGUCUUUCAGAUUUUGUGCUGUACCAAUUGAAAAUAAUGCAUGUUUUUCUCAUUUCA